UUUACAGUGCACAGUUCAAUUUGUUUUGGUUUAUGCAGACUGCGCUUUGUCACGGGGGGAAGCCAAGGUCCACCGCGGCCCGGUACACGUCUCCGACCCGCUGCCAGCUCCCCGGAUCGACUCCUCCUCCUGCGAGCCCUGCGCUCCGCCGCCACCGCCCCCUGCCUCGCAGCUCCGUUAUCGGACCCCAGAAGCUGGCCUGCUAGUUAGCAAACAGGCUAACGACUGCCAGGUUUCCCCCAUGUCCUCUGAAGAAAGCUUCGGCUCCGCGAUCACAGAUUGGCUCUUCGUCAACUCCUGGUGGCUCCUCCUGCCCUUCAUCAUGCUGCUGGUGGUCGCCGCCUUCAUCGUCGUCUUCGUGCUGCUGUUGUACAUGAUAUCUCCCCUAAUAAGUCCCAAACCUCUGAAACUGAACGGGGCCCACGUCGUGGUGACGGGGGGCUCCAGCGGCAUCGGGAAGUGCAUCGCCAUCGAGUGCUACCGGCAGGGAGCCUUCAUCACACUGGUGGCUCGAAACGAGGAAAAGUUGCUCCAAGCAAAGAAAGAAGUGGAAAAAUGUGCCAUAAAUGACAAACAGGUGGUGCUCUGCAUAUCGGUGGAUGUUUCCAGCGAUUACAGUCAAGUGGAAAGCGUGAUCAAGCAGGCUCAGGAGAAGCUGGGUCCGGUCGACAUGCUGGUGAACUGCGCCGGGACGUCCAUGUCCGGGAAGUUCGAGGAGGUGGAAGUGGAUCGAUUUAAAAAACUGAUGGAGGUGAACUACCUGGGCAGCGUUUACCCGACGCGAGCCGUCAUCACCACCAUGAAGGAGCGGAGGAUGGGCCGCAUCAUGUUCGUGUCGUCGCAGGCGGGCCAGAUCGGCCUGUUCGGCUACACCGCCUACUCGCCGUCCAAGUUCGCUCUGCGCGGGUUAGCAGAGUCGCUGCAGAUGGAGAUAAAGCCAUACAACAUCUACGUGACGGUGGCGUACCCGCCGGACACCGACACUCCGGGCCUGGCCGAGGAAAACAAGACAAAGCCGCUGGAAACCCGGUUAAUCUCUGAAACAUCUGGAGUUUGUCAGCCGGAGCAAGUGGCCAAAAUCGUUGUGAGAGACGCCGUGCAGGGGAAUUUCAACAGCUCGGUGGGUCCAGACGGCUACAUGCUGUCCGCCCUCACCUGUGGGAUGUCACCCGUCACCUCCAUCACAGAAGGCCUGCAGCAGAUCGUCACGAUGGGGCUGUUCCGCACCAUCGCCCUCUUCUACCUGGGCAGCUUCGACAGCAUCGUGCGCCGCUGCAUGAUCCAGAGGGAGCAGUCCAAAGCGGCCGACAAGAGGGAGUAAAACGGCAGCCUUAGCUCCUCCCCCUGCACCCCCCCCCCCCCCCCCCCCUCCACCCAGCCCCUUCAUCCAGCUGUACAAGUGCACAACCGUAGGUGGGAGAUUAAAAAAAAAACAAAACAACAACAACCCAGAAACCAAAAAAAUGAGCUUCUCAGACAGGAGGGGAGAAAGUAGCAGAUGUUCACCUGUGGCGUAACUCCUCCGUUCCAGUUCCCCGGUCCUCUCAAAGCAUUCCAGUGACUUUGGUUCUUACCGUGUGCUUGUGUUGGGUGGGCGAUGCGAUGAGGGCAGACCAAACACCCAGCAGCCCGGCUUUUUUUCACACAGGAGGGCUCCGGGGGAAAAACAAAAAAAGAAAAACACUCACAAAACAGAUUUGCACAGAAAAAAAGCAGCCUGUUCGACCGGCUUGGAGACCCCCCCCCCCUUCCACCGGGGGCUGUGCUCUCAAACAGGACGGUAACUCUCACCUGUCGUAUGUUCCACCAAGCUUCCUCCACCUCGUUCCAGUUUUACACUGAACGACUCCCCCCCACCCCCCCACCUACCUGGUACCACGAGUCUUUGCAGGCAAAGCACACCCCCCCCCCCCCCCCCCCCCCAGCCUUCUUUUCAAGCUGUGUUUUUGUGCUCCAUGUUUAAACUACUGUGUGAUACAAGCAGCAGAGCGUGUCUUAUAUCCGUGACUUUUUUUUUGUUUUUUGUUUUUUUGUUUUUUUUUUGUUUUUUUACUAAAGUUAAGUUCAACAAAGUCUAAAUAUUGCGAAGUUUUACUUGCAGUGUUGGAGAGGGUUUGUGCGUGAAUGUGUUUGUUUGCUGUGACUGAGCCUGAGGAGAGAAAAGCCAUUCAGUUUAUCCUGUUUUUUUUUUUUUAAUUAUCUCGAUAAUGAAAGCACCAAAUCAUUUGUUCUCAUCAUUCCAGCUGAUUUCACUGAGAAGAGGGAAGUUAAUGUGAGUUAAAGCCAUUAAAGUUAAAAAAAAAACAAAGAAACAAAACCAGCAGACUGCUUUUACACAUUAGACUGAAAGUUUAUCUUAGAUUUUCUUUGACUCAAAAUUUCCCGACAGUAGUUCGUUUACAGAAGCUGAAGAGGUCCAGAAGUUCAUUAUUACAUGUCGGCAUCUUAAAAAUGUGACAUAUAGAAGAGUGAGAGUGUCUCAUGUGAUGACAGGUUUCAUGUUAUAUGGAGAUGUUUGGUAAUAAGUCGUUUUACGUGUGAAUGAACGAUAAUUAGGAAGGUUUUGUAAAAUGCAUCAUCGUAUAAUAUGAGGACGUUCUCGUGAAGUUUAAUCUUACUGUGAGUGUUUUCAUGUUAUAUUGAGAAACUUUGACAGUUUAAACCAAACUAUGGUCCUGUCACGUUACAAUUUGAUGGUUUAUUGGUUAAAAAUUUUAAUUCUAAUUGCAUUUUGCCUGAAAGUUGAGGUAAAAUUUCGCAUAGCAGAAGGAAGUCCUCGGUUUUUGUAGCCAGUUUAAUCACCGUAUAACAUGAAGCAUCGGCCUAAAGGAGCAUGAUAUCACAUUUUACUGCAGUGUUUUUCUUUGUUUAAUCUGGUGAUGUGUGCUGACCCCGGUAAUCUGUCACAUGACCCACACGCUUGACAUUUUUCUGUUGUUUGGAAGAUAACCAGUUUAAGGAUUCCUCUGUUUAGACCUCUGACGGGAAGAAGGCGUUCUUUGAGUUUGCUGUCAGCCGCCCUCCAGCCGGAUCCGUUCGACCGGCCGGACUUGCAGGUUCGAGUCCAGGAGGCGGGGGCGGCGACGGCGAUGGCGGCGGCGGUGGGAGUUUUACAUAAAGGCCAAAAGAGAGUUGGGAGUCCCAACUCUCAAGUCUUCCUUGGGUCAGUCGGUGAGAAUGUACGUGGAUCAGAGCGUAGGGAGAUUAUUUUUUGAAAAUACACCAAUAUGUGAAUGCCAAAACGUGUCGAGACAAUGUCUUGUGGAUCUUUAGUUGGCGAGAGCAGCGUGGGGAGCCGUUCUGAGCCUUAAGACUACUGACGAAUAAAACGCUGAGAGAAUGGACCCGUCUGCGGAGCAAUGUGACUUUAACCCACCGUUUCCAGUGCGUGUCUGCGUGUGUGUGUGCGUGUGUGUGUAUGUGUGUGUGUGUGCGUGUGUGUGUGUGCUCGCUCCAUUCCUCGUCGAGAAGAAGCCUUACUGAAACCCAAGACAUGAGAGUGAGAAUGGAUGAGUCUGCUUGAUGAUGUUCUCAUUUGAUAUUGGUUCUGAAGGCGCACCGUCACGCUCUCGCACGCUUCCCGCUCAUCGCUUCCUUUCGUUCCUUCUACCUGGAGGCAGCCGCCAGUAGCUCCGAGGCAAGAAGCUUGAGUUCAACCAACACCUGUUAAAGCUAUGCAAACCAAGCUUGUGCUUAUACGAUAUGUUCAAACACACACACACACACACACACAGUGGAUAUUUCAGUUGUGUAACGCUUGCGCUACCCCCACCUCCACACCCCCCCCCCCCUCCUCGUUUAAUGAACACAUAAGUCGUAUCGCACUCUUUGAUUUCUCUUGUUUUUGUUUUUUUUUUCUGCCAAAAAACUUAACACCUUCACCUUGUGUGCCAUCGAAAGAAAAUGUGAGAAGUGGAACAUUUCUUUGUCUUAUUUUCUUACAUGAUAAACUGAAUAAAUACCUGUGAGGAAAAA